CGCGUAACCGACAAAGUGCGCGAGAACGACGAAGUGACAGCACUGGCUGGAAGAGUCUGCGUCGAAGUAGCUGCAUCGCUUAUACAACCGACGGCAAAGGAUUGCUAAAUUUGUAUUUGCUUUUCUUUGAAUAAAAAGGAGAACAGACCGCUUAAGAAGAAUUCUGAAAAGCAGCAUCUCGGAUAAUGUCAUCGCAGGAGAAAGGUUUUGUUGUGCCAGGAGAAAAUAAUGUCCUCCAGAACUCUGUUUAUAGUCACCCAAAUCCCGGAAUAGGAAUGCCACCCCCAAGUUAUGGGCCUCCAACCUACGGAGCUCCUGCACCCACAUAUCCUCUUGAUGCUUUUGGACAGCCCAUUUUUCCACAGGGCGCUCCUGGCUAUGGACAGCCCACAUUCCCUGGACAGCCCACAUUCCCUGGACAGCCCACGUUCCCUAGCCAACAACCGCCAUUUCCUCAAAUGCCCUUCCCUCAAAUGCCUGGCCCUUACCAGCAAGGACCUCCACAACCAGGAUUUCAACCUCAAGGUGUUCCACACACAGAUGAUCCAUCCGUUCCCUUAAACAGCCCUGGAUACCAUGGAGACAUGCCACCUUCUUACUACGACAAUGAAGGAUUUUCUUCUUCUUCACUGGAUGACAAAUUCAUUCGACAGGCAUUUAUUCGCAAGGUUUUUAUGGUGUUGACCGUACAACUGACAGUGACCUUCUCAUUUGUAGCUGUGUUCACAUUUGUGGAUGAUGCAAAACUCUUUGUUAGAAUGCAUCCUUGGACUUACUAUGUUUCAUAUGCUGUCUUUUUUGUUGUUCUUAUUGUACUGAGCUGUUGUGGAGAAUUUCGGCGGCAACACCCAUGGAACUUAAUUGCACUGUCAAUUCUUACACUCAGCAUGUCUUAUAUGGUGGGGAUGAUUGCCAGUUUCUAUGAUACAGAUUCUGUGAUAAUGGCAGUGGGCAUCACUGUUGUUGUUUGCUUCACAGUAGUCCUCUUCUCUUUACAGACAAAAUAUGACUUUACCUCUUGUCGAGGUGUUCUCUUCGUCUGUCUGAUUGUCCUGCUCGUUUUUGGCAUUCUUGCCAUUUUCAUUCAGAACAAAAUCUUACAAAUUGUUUAUGCAUCUCUAGGUGCCCUUCUGUUCACCUGUUUCUUGGCUGUGGACACCCAGCUGCUUCUUGGAAACAAACAACUGGCUUUAAGUCCUGAGGAGUACAUCUUUGCAGCCCUCAAUUUAUAUACUGAUAUAAUCAACAUUUUUCUUUACAUCCUAGCUAUAAUUGGCCGGUCCAGGGAGUGAAUGCCUAAGAAGCUAUGGACAGUAUUCAUUGACGUUCAGUGGAGGCAUGAUAAAAAUCCUUCAUAUCUUCCUCUGAUUAAUACAUAUGAGCUUAUACUGUAUGCACAGAGCAGUCUUGUUUUUGUGUUGGUUACUAAUAUUGCUGUGAAAUACUUUACAGUGAAUUGAAAUCCCUUUAAAUAGGGUUGUUUUUUUUU